AUGCAUCUCCUACCCCUGCUCCCAAUUCUCCUCUCCAUAUUCUCUCUCCAAACAAAAGCUUGCAACCCAACCCGCCGCUCAACCGCCGAUGCCACAGCAAGCAACCCAUUCACCCUAGGCACAGACGGGCCCGCACCACCCGAAACCCUAGGCUACGCGCUAAACCACGUCGGUCUAAUAACCAACAACCUCACCGCAAUGAAGGGCUUCUACGGCAACGUCCUGGGCAUGCGGCUCCUCUUCGACGCUGCCCUGACACCCGAAUACACAGUGACAUACAUGGGCUACGUGCAAGGUGGACGAAACGGCACAGGGUUCCAAACCGGCACAGAAAUGACCAUGGGCAAGAAUAAUAUGUACGGGUUGUUGGAAAUUGUGGAGUUUAGUGUUUCGGAUGAUACGUUGCUGUCGUCGACGCAGCGGACGAAUACGUUUAGCCAUGUUGGGCUGGUUGUUCCUGAUGUUGUCAAGGCGCAGACGUAUUUGGAGGGUAAGGGGGUGGAGGUUCUGAAGGGAGUGGGUGUGCCUAUUGAGGCGUUUGAGGGGGGUGUUCCUAAUGCACUUGGUGUUGGGGGCUUUGCGGGAGUGCAUCUUGAGGCUAAGAGGAGGCUUGUUGAGGCUCAGGGGUUGAUUGGCUGGGAGAACUUUUUGUUGGUUAGGGACCCUGAUGGGAAUUUGGUGGAGAUUCAGCAGCAGGAUGUUUAG